UUCGAUUUCGUUUUUUGUAGCAUUUAUUUUUUUAGGGUGUUUCCUGAAUUUAUUUUUAUUUUUUUUUUACUUGAGCGACAAGGAGACGUUGGUGCAGAAUGAAGGACUCGAGUCAAUCGGCGCCGGCAGGCCUUUUGGUGGCAAAUCUGAAGUCUUGGGAAACGUUCGACUGGCCGACGGAGCAGCAGCGUUGGAUCUACCGCAGUUGGGGCCAGUACUUUGCGCGGAUGCGGAAGAACACCUUUGCCCAGAAGUACUUCGACAAAUGCAUCACAGAGAAUGAGAGCACGGAUCACAAGGCUCUUUAUCUGCGCAGCAAAUUCAAGAGAUCGGUGGCCCUGACGCAGGACGCAUUGGAGGAUAGCUUGAGGGCCAUGGAGGUAAGGCAGGCGUGGGACGCAAAUGUGUCCAUGGAGCUCGGAGAUGCGCUCUACGAUUUGAAUCGGUUUGAGGAGAACAAGAGCCUGCUGCACGACAAUGUCCGUCGGCAUGCGGGCACCGCUCUAAAGAGCUUCGAGAAUCGCCUCGUGGUAGUCGAUGAGAAUCUCAAGGAUUGCACGGGCUUCAGCCUGGCCAACUUCUUCAUGGAGCAUUCCGCGCAGCUGCCCGGCUUCUAUGCCCAUCAGCAGGAGGAGCUUCGAAGGGCCGACAGGCGGCCGCUGUGGAAAAUCCUCAAGGAGCGAAAGGAGUGUGAUGUCCAGAGCAGGAUCGAUCGCAAGGAGGUGAUGCUCUCCCCACUGGAAAGAGAGCGCAGGCGUCGCAAGACCAAAAUAUUUUAUCAGAACUAUUUGGGUCGCAGCUGGACCGAUUUUUUCUUUCUGAAAACACUUCGCCGGCAUCCCAACUGUCUUCUAGACAAUCAUUUCGGCUCCUCGGCGGACCGCACCAAGUAUCUUGAGUAUGCGUUCCAGCGCCUUAAGACCUUCACACGGAUGCUCCAGGCAAGGAGACCCAUGUACAAGGAGUACUUCCAUCGGAAUCCCCAGAUAGAGGCUCGCAUGCGGGAUGCGAACUUGUUCCGGAUCCAGUACCAAACCAGGCGAAACAUGGUGAGCAUCCUGCGGACCAUUAAGGUGCUGCGGGGGCGGAAUGAUAUCAAGCGCCUGCGCAAGUUUGUGGAGGAAGUGAUGGGCAGCUACGUGGUCAUCAAGACGAAUCGACUGAUGCCCUGGAAGGCGGAGUUCAUGAACGAGGUGUACAACAAUCUGGCCCUCAGUUUGUGCGAGGGAUACCGCCUGCCGCCCACACGGGUCACGCCCUACGACAAGAGCGCCAUGUGCCAGCUGCUCAACAUACCGGUGGCCAAGCCGCUGGAGCACACGGAGCUCAUCUUCGGGGAUCGAUCCACCUACUCCUAUGCCGGCGCCGACAAACAGAGCACCGAUCGAUUGGCAGACCAAAACCAAAUCGAGUAUCUGGAGAAACGACUUCUAUUCGCCCGCCUGCCGAUCGAAAGGAGCUACUUGCUCCAUGAGCUGGCCGAUCGGCAUAUGCAGAAGAACCACUUUGUGCAGAGCCUGUCCUACGCCCAGAAGGCCAUCGAGGAGGCCAGGGUAUGCAAUAGCCUGAUCUGGGAGUUUCUCAGCACCAUGCUGAUGGCCAAGUCACACGCGGUGCUCCACAAGUACGAGCGCCAAACGGAGGUGCUCAACUCCGCCUACGAACUGGCCGCCCAGCUCAAGUCGCCCCAACUGUGCACCUUCAUCGAACUGUGCCGCAUGCUCAACAAGGACUACAUCACGUUGCGCAAGAUGUCCCAACUGGUGACCACCAAACGGCUGCGCACCAAAAUCUCCAACAGGUCCAGUUUCCUCAGCUCACCCAACUGUUCGCCCAACUUCUCGGAAUUCAAAAAGGAAGAGUAUGGUCAUUUGGCCGCCUAAGUCGGCGGAUUGGAUGGAAGGCAGUGCACAUAGGCAGUGCCUUCUAUUCGAACUGUUGCCUUUGGUCGGGCCAAGUGUCAGCCACAAAAUCCGCUAAAACAAAUCGAGUUCCUAUCAGAUAUCGUUAAAGUACAAGUUCAGAGCCAGAUGUCUGUAGCAUUUAAAGUAUGUCUUUACACGUAAUGUAACUAAAUCGUACAAAUGCACUGAGAAAAAAAAACAACCAAAAUCCUAUAAAUAUAUCUAAAGUUAAGCGU